AUGGCACCUACAGCGAUCGAGCAGUCAAGCCAGGCAACGAGCAACGGCACCAAGCCCACGCUUAAGCCAACACGUAUUCUUCACCGGACUCCAUGGACGCCACCCGUCGCCGCUUCGGCGCAGGGGAUUUACGUAACGCUAGAAGAUGGGCAAACGCUUAUUGAUGGAGUCGGAGGCGCUGCCGUCGCCUGUAUUGGCAAUGGCCAUCCUGAGGUGACAAGGGCGUUGAAGGAGCAGGUGGAUAAGGUGGCAUACGUCUACAAUAUGCAGCUCUCCAAUCAGCCCGCAGAGGAGCUCGCAAAAUUCAUCAUUGAUCACAGCGAUGGAGCCUUCGAGCUCUGUGGGUUCGUUUCUGGAGGAACGGAGGCUAUGGAAGGCGUUAUGAAGCUGGCUCGUCAGUACUUCUAUGAGAACAAGCAGCCGCAGCGCAAGAAUUUCAUAGCUCGCCAGCUGUCGUUCCACGGGAACUCAAUUGGGACUUUGUCUUUGGCGAUGCAUCCCACACGCCGGGCACCGUAUGCUGCCAUUCUGGACGAUCAGCAUUUCCAUCACGUUUCUCCUGCAUAUGCGAAGCGCUUCCAGAAGCCCGACGAGACCGAAGAACAAUAUGUCGAACGCCUGAGAAAGGAGCUCGAGGACAAGUUCCUCGAGCUCGGUCCGGAUACAGUUAUUGGCUUCGUCGCGGAAACUGUUGUUGGAGCAACCACUGGCGUUGUGGCGCCCCCCAAGGGCUACUUCAAGGCAAUGAAGUCAGUUUGUGACAAGUAUGGAGCCCUGCUCAUCCUUGACGAAGUGAUGAGUGGGAUGGGCCGCUUGGGUACACUGCAUGCAUGGCAAGGCUUUGGCGACGGCAUCUCGCCUGAUAUUCAAGCUGUUGCAAAGGGCCUUGGAGGAGGAUAUGCAUCAAUUGGUGCAGUUUUGAUGUCCAAAACGGUCGCUGAUGGCAUCCGCGAUAGUGCUGGCUUCUGGAAGCACGGUCACACCUAUCAGGCUCACCCUUUGGCUUGUGCAGCCUCCUUGGCAGUGCAGAAGGUGGUCCUCAAAGAGAACCUUCUUGAAAACAUCCGCGUGCAGGGCACGUAUAUGGGAUCUCUCCUUCGCGAGCGUCUCCAGUCUCCAAACGCCCUUGCUGCGCCGUUCACGUUCGAUGUUCGCGGCCGUGGCGGAUGGUGGGGCAUCGAGUUUGAUUUUUCCUGCCCCGAGGCUGCCAAACUUGACUUCAAAGGUGAUCACUUUGCCACGAUGGUGCAAGCCCGUUGCAUGGAAAAAGGCUUGAUCAUCAUGGGUUUGACGAGCGGUGCUAACCUAGAAGGUACGGCUGGUGAUCACUGCAUGCUCUCUCCGGCAUACAAUGUGACUCGGGAGCAAGUCGAGAAGAUCGUCGACCUCUUUGUUGAGGGGCCCUCGAGCGAACCCAAGGCACUGCGAUCCAGUGCAAGAGUCAAAGCAGCGAAGCAGAAAGAGAAGGAGAAGGAACUCCAUUCUGCGGAACAAGCAUCGUCCUCGGUUGUACCAAGCAAGCGCACGCGCGAGCCCGUCUUGGCUAAGGGAAAGGGAAAGGAAGUGUCAGAGGACCAUACACGAUCGAGCAAGAGGUACGCCUAUCCGCAUUACCUCCACGAGACAUUACAUAACUCGAUGUCCAACAGAGCACGCCGUGCUGCCUAUUCUGCCAGCCCUGCUCUAACUAUUCGCGAAAACAUCCGAGACGCCAAAGGCAAGAAGCGCGCUCAACCUGAAAGUCAUUCUGAGGAAGAGGAGAACGCCGCUUCAUCUUCUGCUGCCACAGCUACGACAAAGAGAACAAGAACUACUAGUAACUACUCUCUCAGAUCCAGGACAGAAGUUCAGUCAUCCUCUGACAUGACAAAGAAGUCUAGGCCCGCCACUGGUAAAGGCAAGGCUGCAACAAAGAGCAAAGCAAUGGCUGCAGCCGCCAGCUCGUCCAAUAGAGAGGAAGGUGACAUCGACAUGAUGGACACUGAGUGUAUUGCAAACGAAUUGAGCCAGCCGAAUGAGAAGCAUGAUGAGCGAGACGAACGAUCGCGAGCGGAGGAAAGUGUUGAAGAAGUCCCUGACGACGAUGAAGGCGAUGAUCAUGACGAUGGCCACGACGACGAGUCUGAAGAGUCGCCGAGAGGGCCCGGUGGCAUCGAUGAGGCCUCAGCAAUGGCUAUAUUCGGUGACUAUCGUCAGCUUGGAUCGUAUAUGAUGGGCCUUUCAAAUCGCCUCAAGACCAUGCUGAACAACAUCAAGUCCACAGCAGAUCCGACAACACGCCUCGUCACUCUGCAGGAACUCAGCGAGCUGCUCAGCAUUAGUACCGAAGACACCCUGGCAGGCUCCUUCCAAGUCGAGUCUUAUAUUCGAGAGCUUGUUCGUAUUCUCGGCGGGACAGGUGGUGAUGCUGAUGAAGGUGAUGAUGACGAGCCGGCGGAAGUUGACGAAGAUGCCGCUUUGGCUGCAGCGCUAGCCAUGAGCACAGGUGGCUCACCGUAUCAGGGUGAUGAGAACCCGGAAGCUCAAGUUCUAGCCUGCAGAUGUCUCGCCAACUUGAUGGAGGCGCUUCCAGGCGUCGCUCACACUGUCGUCUACCAUGGAGCCAUCCCUGUCCUGUGUAGCAAGCUAAUCGAGAUCUCGUAUAUUGACUUGGCAGAGCAGACGCUCAGCACGUUGGAAAAAAUUUCGGAAGAGUUCCCAAGUUCGAUCGUCCGCGAGGGCGGCCUGGCUGCGCUACUGAACUAUCUCGAUUUCUUCUCAAUAGCUGUUCAGAGGACUGCUCUGCAAGCCGCUUCCAAUUGCUGCCGCAAUGUGUCGAUAGAACAUUUUCCGAUGAUCCGUGGAGUGUGGCCCAUUAUUCGCAAUUGCUUGGGAUACGCUGACCAGAGAUUGGUCGAAUAUGCUUGCUUAUGCGUUAUUCGAGUUGUGGAUGCGUACUUCCGUGCCGCGCCCGACAAGCUGGAGGCGUUGGUCGACCUGGACCUCAUUCGGGCAGUGAAUCUGCUCCUGCUCCCUUCUGGUGGAUCUCCUUUGAUUGCUGCCAGCACAUUCACUCUGUUGCUACGUGCACUCGCCAAUGCUGCCCGUGCAAGCCCCAGGAUUACGCUAGUGCUCCUGGAAGCCGGUAUUGUAGAUACACUCUACCAAAUUCUUACAGGUGUACUACCUUCGGCCUGCGAAAAUGGUGACGAACAAGGAAAUGCCGGUGAUGGUCAGGGACUCGGUGGCGGCCUUGCAGACAUGACUGUAAUGGAGAAUUUGGCACACCGUCCUAAAGAUCAGAUAGAGGAAGCAUUGAGUCUCGUCUCGGAGCUGAUGCCACCACUGCCAAAAGACGGAGUAUUUGAUCACAAAUCCUAUUCAGAAAAGGCGGUAUCGAGGUUGGCAAAGGCGAAAGCUAAGGCAGAUCGGGCUGCCGCACGUCAGGCGACAAACACGGCUACUGGAGUAGAUGUGGCUCAAGGACCUGCGGAAUCCGUCCCGACGUCGUCAUCGUCCGCGGUAGUCGAGGAUCAAUCAGCUCUAGACAAUGGUGCAGCAGACUCCCAAUCAGUCCAAGACGGCGAUGACUUACCACCAGCUGCACCCACGAAGGAGGGCAGUGUGGAUCGUACGGAAUUAUUGCGGUCGAAGCCUGAACUGGUGGGCCGGUUCAUGCGUUUGAUGGUGCCCAUACUCGUCGAUGUCUAUGCGGCCAGCGUGAAUACGCCGGUACGGAUCAAAACCCUCACUGGUCUGCUCAAGGCUGUCAGCUUCCUGGAUGGAGACGAGCUGAACCGUGUCUUCACUUGUGUUCCUAUCGCCAGCUUCGCGUCAUCAAUCUUGUCUGCGAGGGACCAACCACCGCUUGUCAUUGGCGCGCUUCAGCUAGUCGAACUGCUACUGAGCAAGGUCCCUGCGGAGUACAAGCCGGUCUUCCGUCGCGAAGGCGUGCUUCAUGAGAUUGAGACCCUUGCAGCCCGCGCUUUGAAUUCCUCGAAGUCCAAGGAGAAAGAAAAAGACAAAAUCUCACCAGAAUUACCCUCGCCAGCGGAAUUGAUGGCCUCAGCAUCAUUGCCGGCAUCCCUUACUAUCGCGGCAUCCUUCCCAGGCUAUAAGAAGCUGUCGUCUCUGUCCAUCGACCCGGACGAUGCUAUCACUCUCCGUGCACGUGCCAUUCGCUUGAAGUUCCUGAGUGGCGGAGAUGAUACGCAGAGCGAUGACGUGUUCUCCGCCUUACGUCGCCUUGUCGAGUCGCUCAUGAACACUUCGGCAUCGGAGAAGGAGCUAAGUUCCACAUUGAACGAGCUAGCUGCUUUGUUUGCCUCUCCUACGACCUCUGUGUCUAGUUUCGAGCUUCUGCAGAGUGGCGUUGUGGAUGCAUUGCUCCAUCUGAUGACUGAUGAGGGUUGGACCGUCGGCGUGAGUCAGCGGCAUGAAAUGCUGUUCUCUGCAUUCACCACUCGGAAAUCAAGGGGUCAGCCAAUCGGGCAGACACCAUUCUCCACCUUCGUCAAGAAGCUUCAGGAGAGUUUGACUAGGAUGGAGUCGUUUGAGGUCAUAACUGUGGCUCAGAGUGCAGAUGAUUCGAAACGAAGCUCUCCUUCCUUAUUGGCUAGACAGCUCCGUCUUAGGUUGGUAGCAGCCGACGAUUCUGACAUUCCGAAGAACCUCAGCAACAUAGUCGUGUCUAUUCACGCAAUCGCCACAUUCCAAGCGUUGCACGACUAUCUCCGACCAAGAGUUGCUGGCUCACUUCCUAGCAGUUCGCGUCUAUCGGGAAUGCUCGCUGCACUCGCAGCAUCCGGAUUCGCUCCACCGUCCUCCUCACGCAGCGGUCUUGCCGAGGCUCCCAAGGCUGCAUCUGUAUCCCCUGCCGCUGAGAAUGUUUCUAAGGAAGUUAGUGUGACCCGUCGCCGGAGCUCUCGGCUGAGUGCGAAACAGUCCGUAACAGCAGAGGCGGCCACUACCGCAGCAGCUGAAGUGCAAGCACCAGCCGACGGGGAGAAGAACGAAGCUGUCCCUUCUUCCGCUGCACCUGAGUCUGCAGAAGGCUCAUCGUCGGCGCUGACCACUUCUUCCGGCGGAACUGUAGUCCAUGAGCCGGAGUUUGAGGCCGACUUCACUGAUGAUGAAGUCGACGUUGAUGCGGAGGUUCUUGAAGAUGAAGAUCAUGUAGACAACCCGGAUGCAGACAAAACCGUCACUGUAUCUGUUGGAGAUGAUGGUUCGAAGGUCGAGGCACAAACGCCUGAUGGUACCCGCGUUCCUACGCCAGCACCGUCGAAGGGACGGGGUGCUCUGUCGACGUCUAAAGGUCCAUCGACACCGGGCGCGUCAUACGCGGCUGCCUUGAAGUCAAAGCCUACCGACUGGCAUUUGGAGUUCUUUAUGGACGAUCACAAAUUGCCUCUCGACCUUACCAUCUAUGGCGCAAUCCACCAGCAUGAGCUGCGUAAGAAGUCUGGCCCUGUGUUGUCACCUAGCAUGAUUUGGCAGGGAGUCUAUACCAUCAAGUUCAAAAAGGUAUCAGGUCCUGCAUCUGCGUCGGAUUCUCGCACCGAUGAGUUGGGAACUAGAAGCAGAUCACCAGGACCUCUGUCCUCUUUACCAGAAGACGCUCCUCAUGGAAAAAUCUUGCGUCUCCUUCGUGUAUUGUACAAGCUCAAUGCACAAGAAGCUGAUCGCGUGUCCUCACUCGGAAUUCAGCGCGUGCUUCCGGAAUCUUCCUUCGUCAACAACAAGCUAACAGCCAAACUGACAAGGCAGUUGGAGGAACCGAUGAUUGUCGCGAGCUCCUGCCUCCCGGAUUGGGCUCUCGACCUGCCACAACAUUUCCCGUUUCUGUUCCCCUUUGCCACUCGUUAUAAUUUCUUGCAGUCGACGUCAUUCGGCUACGCUCGUUUGAUCCUGAAGUGGCAGAGUCAACAGACCCGAGGGCAGGACAGCUCCCGUCGUGACGAUGGCGUGGGCUUCCUAGGACGUCUACAACGUCAGAAGGUCCGGAUCUCUCGUCAGCACAUCCUAGAGUCAGCUGUCAAGGUCUUCGAGUUGUACGGCUCCUCGUCUUCCAUACUGGAGGUGGAGUACUUUGAGGAGGUUGGCACUGGGCUCGGUCCGACGCUCGAGUUCUACUCGCUUGUGUCAAAGGAGUUUGCCAGGAAAGACCUCAAGAUAUGGCGGGAUGCAGAUCCUCUCCUGUCCGGUCCAUACGUGCAUCAUCCCUUAGGUCUAUUCCCAGCGCCUAUUAGUCCGAGCAGUAUAGCAAAUGACGGCGGACAGAAGCGAACCCAUAUCUUCCGUGUUAUAGGGCAGUUCGUCGCAAAGGCGAUGCUUGACUCCCGCAUCAUCGAUCUGUCAUUCAACAAGACUUUCCUGAAACUCAUCCUCGGAGAGGAGGUUCCUCUGACGGUUGAAAACCUCAGGCGCGUGGAUCCUGACCUUGCGACUUCGCUCGCUCAAAUUCAAGGCCUCGCCCUGGCAAGCAGUCAGAACGACAAGAUUCUCCGCAAGCUCGGGGUCGUCGGUGAUGUUACGGUCGAAGAUCUCUCUCUGGAUUUCACAAUACCGGGCUAUGAUAUCGAAUUGAAGCCCGGUGGCCGCGACAUUGCUGUGACGUCUCAGAAUGUGGACGAGUAUGUAUAUCAGGUCCUGGAUGCCAUUAUCGGCAAGGGCGCGCAGCUCCAGGCGAAGGCGUUCCGAGAGGGAUUUUCCAAGGUCUUCCCGAUCGCCGAUCUACAAGCGUUCACAACAGACGAGCUGGUGAUGCUGUUCGGAAACGCGGAGGAGGAUUGGAGCUUAGAGACAUUGAGUGAAGCAUUGAAGGCUGAUCACGGCUUCAAUGUCGAGAGCCGUGCCAUUCGCGACUUGUUGGAGAUCAUGUCAGAAUUUGAUGCUCCCACUCGCCGCAGCUACUUGCAAUUUAUCACUGGCAGUCCGAGGUUGCCUAUAGGUGGCUUCCGAGGACUCAAUCCACCACUGACUGUGGUACGCAAGCCACAUGAAGCGCCGCUCGCCGCGGACGACUAUCUCCCCAGCGUCAUGACGUGUGUCAACUACCUGAAGUUGCCAGAGUACUCGUCGAAAGCGGUCAUGCGGGAGAAAUUACAGAUCGCAAUGAAGGAAGGAAUUGGCAGUUUCCACUUGUCAUAG